CACAAGUAAAUGAUUUACAAUUCGAGUGAAAACUUGGCAUAAAGUAUUUAAAAGUGCAGCUCGAUUAACACGAAAGAGACCCGACGAUACUGAACGCAAAAAUGAUUUUUAAGAACAAUUCUAGUUUUGAAAAAGGCACAGAAGUUAUCGUUCGUAGAGCUUAUUAAAAAUCAGUCAACUAUCGUGUCGCUAAUUACUUUGGUAAACUUUGCGGAAAGCUUUUGUCCCAAGGGGACCUAACUAUGGUGGCAAACCGUAUUAACAUACGUUCAUUUCUGUAGACUAUUGUUGUUAGAGUAGCCCUGUAAAGACGAGUUUGUGUAAACUCACAAAACAUAAACGGUGCUAUACUACAAACUUCAUGAAAAACGACGGAGUGCUUUAAAAUUAAAAUGAACAACGGCCAAAAGGGAAAAUCGUUCGAGAGAUGGGAUCGAGACGGAGUGGCCCAACACAGAAAUCUUAUGCACGAGAUUGCCAUGAAAAAACAAAUAACAAUGUACCAAAGGGAAGAAAAACUUCUAGCGAAAGAACUACGAGAAAUUUCUAAAGUAAAGGAAACGCUAUUACAGAUUCGCGCACCUCUUAGACGUAGGAUGCAAGCUGCAGAGUUGGAAGAAAAUCUCGAGAGCUUAGGAAAUGAAGGCCGGAAUUCACGAAAGACCUCGGUUACUACGAGAAAGAUCAGCGUCGCUGCGAACACAAGCGCUCAACAAAAAUGUACAAAGGACUUUGGAUCGGCCCACGGGGAAGGAACAAGUGGUAUCAAUCAGAGAACAUUGACAACAUCAGUGUCAGAUGGAUAUGUUCCCUUAUCUUCCGUACAAAAUACUCGCCAACGAAAAAUCAGUGUUUUAGAAAAAGGACAGCGUGGACUGGCAGCAGGCAACAAGUUGGCCACGCAACGGAAAAUUUCAGCCCCUGCGUUUACAGCCGGCAAAACACCGAUCUCAGAAAAAAGUGACAAAGGCGGAUUUUUGCCAGCGAUAAAAACGCCAAAACCUCCGAUAGAAGGAAGCCCUUCAUUGCAAAGAAUAUCACCUAUACUUGACAGACCACUUAGUGCUCCUAAAACUGAAGAAGUAGUGGAAUGUCGCAAUCGAUCGCCGACCACUUUGACUCCGAUAGCACCAAGCAGGGUAGAUAUGGCUGUGCUACGAGCUAAGUCAGUACCAUGUGAUCUCCCCUCGCAUUAUGCCAGGACAUCAAAAAGUCGGCAGCGAGUCAUAUCGGAUACUGAUGAAGUUACAACGCUAACGAUGGAGGAAACUUUGCGCAUAAAAGGCAAAUUUCGACAAAUUGGGCAUUCUGUUAUUGCAGCAGCUCUUCUGAAGGGUUUAAAACAGAGUGGACAGCUUUCUUCGGAAGCGAUUCACAACAUGCACAAACCCAUAUCAUUUACGGGGGAGGAAAACGGGGCAAAAGCUGGUGAAAAUAGAGAUGCUGAAGCCGAGGCUAAAGAAGAUGGACAAGAGGAAGAGGAAGUAAAGCAAGGAAACAAUAAAAAGUCGUUCAGAUCUCUUGCUCGCAAAACAAUCAAUAUAAACAGGUUGAUAAAUGCGAAGAGUAGCUCAAGAAUUAGAGGGCGUUCUCAGUCAGACCCGCCAAACACUUCAAACCCGAAAUCGUCUUUAAAUAAUCCAGCAGGAAAAACUUUAAGCCAGGCUGCUGAAGCAGAAACAGCCGUUAACAAUUCUGCUCAGCCGAAAGAUUCAAGACCUAGUCAGGUUGGUGCUAGAAUUCGGCGAAUGGAUAGCGCCGGAGAGUUUCAACUUGACACAAACAGCUCGCGAGAAGAAAAUGAAAGUGACAACAAUGUCCAAACUCAACAAAUGUACAGAAAGCAAAGCGCAGUGGCCGAUCCAUUCAGGCCUUUGAUGAAUCCACGAACUGCGCAUGCUCGUAGGAGAAAGAACACAUUUAGUGGGGAGCCAAUGGAGGUCUUUGAAAAAACCCAGAAUAACUCCUUGGAUACAGAGCCACAGGGCAACCAAGCCGAUACUCAAACCACGGGGAAUAAAACUGUACGCUUUGCCGCAGAAGCAUGGAGUUAG